AUGCCGUUGGAUAGAUAUAACCGCCACUUAUCCCAUUCCGUUUCGCCUUAUUACCGUCGCCAAUCUUCUGUUCCUUCUGGUGCUUCCGCUCAUACUUUAUCUUCUGCUUCCGUUUCUAAUACUUCUUUUGUUCCUCCUUGUGCUGCUUAUCCCGUUUAUACUUUAUCUUCUGCUGCCGCUUCUAAUACUGCUUCUUUUGUUCCUUCUAUUAAUACUAAUUAUUGUUGUUCUUAUUAUUGCGACCCUUCUUAUUCUUAUGCUAUUCCCGAUUUUGUUAACUCUCCUUAUUUUACUCCUUCUACUUAUGUUUCUCCUGCUUCUUCUAUUGCUUUGCCUAGUUCUUCUUCAAUUACUUCUAUUUCGCCUACUUAUUUUUCACCUGCUUCUUCUACUGCUUUAUUAACUGCUGCUUCUUCCACUACUACUACUUCUACUAAUACUUCUUCUGCUGUUCCUGUUGCCACUAACUUUGCUAAUUCUGUUAAUUCUUCUUCAACUACUACUACCACUACUAACUCUACUAUUCCUUCUACAUUUUUUGCUACUAAUAAUUUAAAUACUUCUUCUUCCACACAAGCUAGCCCCAUGAGUUCCAGAGAAAGUAGUGUGGCUCUUGGUGACAGAGUGUCACACUAUGACUCCACCUCUGCCAUAUCAAGACAUGAUGCUUUGAAAUCUGUCUUGACCUCUCCUGAUAUUGAGCUCUAUCCUCCUCAGGUUGUCAAUAGAGCACAAUUAUCUGUAAUUAGACACCGACGAAAAAUAAAUAACAGAUAUACUCCUUACAUUAGUUCAGGCUUGAAUGAAAGGAGUAUGCAAGAUCAUUUGGAAAUGGCAGAGGAUGUAUGUAAACAUUACAUCCCUAAACCUGCAGUGAGUCUUCAUCUCUGGAACCGGCCUUCAAGAGCAGACCGGGUUGCUCUUCGAAAGAAGAAUACUGGAAUCAAAUUUAGGGAUGGGUUUAUUAAGCAUGCACGAUACCCUGCAUCUUAUAAACCCUGUUAUAAUAACCUAUACGAACAAUAUGCAAUUGAACGAUUAGGAAGAGAUGACCAAAGAUAUGAAAAAGUAUGCUUAUUUAAUUCACUCAUUCCUCUUAAUACAUCAUCAUUAAAUACUCCACCUUUGGUGGAUAAUCCUAUUAAAGUGGUAGGUUUCACGUUGUCGAUUACUUCUAAUAAUGAUUUAUAUUGUUUGCCAUCAUUUCCAGAUUUGGCAAAGUAUACUUAA